UGUGGUUGAGACAUUUUCCACUUUCAUAUUUAAACUUUUUCACCUACAGCCUACGCAGGCGAAGUGACUAAGAGGAAACAAUGGAUGCUCUGCUGUGAUGCAAAGAGAAAUUCCACCAACUUUCACAUAUUGUCAUGUGUCACUGCCCUGUCAGGCUGUCAGUGUUUGCUGCUCGGGGCUCCAGAGGCUUCGUGGCUAGUUGUUGGCACUGCUCGGCCAGCUGGGGGAGAUGAGUGACUGCGAGUUUGGAUAUGUGCACACACUGGCUGAGGACUACCUGCGGUGCGUCCUGAAGAUACCACAGCCUGGACUGGGACCAGGCAAGACGUCCAGGGUGCUGCAGAAUGUCGCCUUCUCAGUUCAGAAAGAAGUGGAGAAGACUCUGCAGCCGUACCUGGACAGUGUUGAUGUUGUGUCUGUAGAGGCUGCCAGGACAAUCUUUGACAAAGUGAUGGAAAAGGAGUUUGAGGAUGGCAUCAUCAACUGGGGCAGGAUUGUGACCAUAUUCGCUUUCGAAGGGGUCCUCGUCAAGAAGCUUCUACAAAAGCAGAUGAUUCUGGAUGCGGACACUUACAAGCCCAUCCCUUAUUUUGUGGCUGAGUUCAUAACGAAGAACACAGGAGAGUGGAUAAAGCAGAAUGGAGGCUGGGAGAAUGGAUUUGCCAAGAAAUUUGAACAGCCUAAAUCCGGUUGGCUGAUUCUUCUGGAAAUUACAAGACAAAUUGGCGCGAUGGUAUUACUCUUGAGGAAGUACUGCUGAUCUGGGGGGACACCCUGUGCUGUGUCGUCUGCCCGAGCUCUCUGACCCUUGUGAGAGCUCUCGCUGGCAUGAAGGCUUCCACUUCUAAACGAACAACUUUAGUGAAGCAACUUCAGUUGCUCUCAUUAAUGGGACGUUUAUCCCCGGUGCAAUACAUACAUACAUAAUUGUA